AUGUCGGCCAUAGAGAACAUGGCCGAGAAGCUGGAGAGCUUUAGCGCCCUGAAGCCCGAGGCCAGCGAGCUGAUCCAGUCGGUGCCGUCCAUGUUCAACUUCCGCGCGCCGCCCAGCGCCCUCCCCGAGACCCUGCUGCGCAAGGGCAAGGAGCGCUACACCUGCAGAUACUGUGGCAAGAUUUUCCCGAGAUCUGCAAACCUGACACGCCACCUGAGGACGCACACUGGAGAGCAGCCCUACAGAUGCAAAUACUGUGACAGAUCCUUCAGCAUAUCCUCUAACCUGCAGAGACACGUGCGCAACAUCCACAAUAAAGAGAAGCCAUUCAAGUGUCACUUGUGUGACAGGUGUUUUGGUCAACAAACCAAUCUUGACAGACACCUAAAGAAGCACGAGAACGGGAACAUGUCUGGUACUGCAACAUCUUCACCUCACUCAGAACUGGAAAGCACAGGGGCAAUCCUUGACGACAAGGAAGACUCUUACUUCACAGAAAUUAGGAAUUUUAUUGGAAACAGCAACCACAACAACCAGUCCCCCCGAAACUCAGAGGAGAGAAUGAAUGGCAGCCACUUCAAGGAUGAAAAAGCCAUGGUAGCCAGCCAGAACUCGGAUUUGUUGGAUGAUGAAGAGGCAGAAGAUGAAGUAAUGAUGGAUGAAGAAGACGAAGAGAGCGACAUGGCAGGGAAGGCAGUCAAAGAGCCCGUCACCAGUGACAUGCACGAGGGGACUCCGGAGGAGGAUUACGAGGAAACAAGUACUUUGGACAUGAACUGCAAAGCUUCCCCUGGCAGGUAUAAAGAAGAGGAGUAUAAUAAGACUGGACUUUCAGCUUUGGACCACAUAAGGCACUUCACAGAUAGCCUCAAAAUGAGGAAAAUGGAAGAAAAUCAAUACAGUGAAGCUGAAUUGGCAGCUUUCAAUGCUUCCCAGCUGCCAGAGGACCUCAAGCAACCGUUGUACAGGAAAUCCAAAUCCCAGGCGUACGCCAUGAUGCUCUCUCUCUCCGACAAGGACUCCCUUCAUCCCGCAUCCCACAGUUCUCCCAACAUGUGGCACAGUAUGGCGAGGGCGGCCGCGGAAUCCAGCGCCAUCCAGUCCAUCAGUCACGUAUGACAGUGUGAGGCCGCGCCGAGAAUGGGACCAAGUCCAACCCAGUAGCAUGGCUCUUUUCAUGUAUGACUAUUUAAAAAAGACUGCUGAGCAGAAUGCCUUAUAAAUCUGCAGGGUCACUCAUUUAAAGUCCGGUGACCUUAAACUGAAUAAUUUUAAAAAGAAAAGAAACUAUUUAUUCUCAAUAUUUUGUUUUUGCACAGCAAAGGCAGCUGCUGACUUCUGGAGGAUCAAUGCGACUUAAAAAUAAAUAAAAAAAAAAAAGUUUCAGUGGAUUAUGUAAACGGGGCCGGGAAAAAGUGUCUUCCAGUUCACCCGGCUUUGAGGGGCAGGGGCAGAAGGGUUAAGACUGCAUUGAUACACACAUGGGCACUCCUUUAAAGUAGGAACUGAAUUGAUUUUCUUUUUGUAUAAGAUAGUUUGACACAGGAUUGGGAACAGUUGCUUUUAUGUACAAAUCUCUUCAUUAAAGCUUUAUGCAUUUUAGCCCUUCAAAGAAAGAAAACAGUUCUAUCAAAUGCACACUAUCCAUCGUAAAUGUAGAAAGAAGUAACAGGGAAUAUUUUGUUCUCUCCGUAAUUCUUUUUGCCUUCUCAACUGCAUUGUUAAAAAAAAAAAGGAAAAACAAGGAGAAAAAAAAAAAAAAAGACAGAAAAAGAAAGGACUCUGAGAAACAAUACAUAAGAGGCUUGUGUAUAUUGUAAACUAUGAAUGUUCACUACUCCAAGAAGCUAAAUCAUCCAGAUAAUUCCGUGAAAGCACCGCGUUCAUCGACAGCACCACUAGUUCGAAUCAUUGUAAGGAGAUUUUAAUUUUCGACAAUCAUGUCACUAUUUUGUUGUAUUGUUUCCCUUUCCCCCCUACCCUCUUAAUUUUCUUCUUUGUGUUGUGUGUACCAUGUAUUUAUUUGUUGGCAAACGAUUGUUUGUUGAUUACAAUAGCACUGUUCCUGUAACAAACAGCACUGCUCCAGUCCCCCACUGCGUUAUGAUGUAAGGCACCCAUGUACUUCCAAAAAAGUGAGGUGAACUGAUCUUUGUAUAUGGGAGUGCAAAACAGUGUUGAAAAUUUUCUUACAUUCCUCUUCUAUUUUAUUUUUUUUGCCUUUUAAUGAACUAAAUAACUAAUAGAUGCGACUUAGUUUUGUUUUUUUUUUGUAAUACAGUAAAUUGAUUCGAUUGUAUAAACAGUUAUAAUUUCUUCAUGAAAGCAUGAUUCUUCUGAUUAAAAAAAAACUGUACCCAAUAUUUUAUGCUGGUUGUCUGCGAGCUUGUGUGAUGUUAUGUUCAUGUUAAUCCUAUUUGUAAGAUGAAGUGUUCCAAAUUUAUGUUUUAAAAAAAAAAAGAUAAAGAAAGAACGGAAGGUAUUCAGUUAUUUUUUGGGGUUUUUUUGGCCUUUAGUGAGGGACCAGAUUUAUUUUUCCUUUUGUUUAUAAUCUCAUUUUGAAAUAAUCGGCAAGUUGAGGUACUUUCUUUAAAUGCUUUGUACAAUGUAACUGUUACGCAUUUCAGUACAUUACUAUGGGAGGAUCAACUUAAAAAAAAAUAAUAAAGGACUACAAAACUGAA